CAAGGGACAAAGUUACCAGCAGAUUUCUGGACUCUUAAUUCUAUCAUCCUUGUUACGUGGAUAUGCUACACCCCAAUUUCCUCUGUCAUAAGCCUAAAGCUAUGGAAACCGGAAGAAUGAAUAGUUCAAGGCAUCGUCCGUUACACACUUGUGGACUUUCAAUCUUAGUCAUUGUUGAUAUGGUGAUGGGAAAAACACAAGAUAUGAAUGGACCAUUAGGUUCAACGUUGGAAAGGGUAAUGAAGUUAGCCAAAUUCGCCGUGCCCCUUAUCUACGCCAUGCAAAUCUAUUGGCUUACGAUUCUCUCCUUCAUCGAUGAUGCCAUUCUAGCAACUGAAAAAGUUAUAGAGAAACUGUUUCCGCCUUCGACACGCGUGUUCGACAAAGUUGAUGAAAUUGUGGUAACGAUGGCGUCCUUUCCCGAGAAAUUUGAAGGUGCAAUGAACAAGUUUCCUACAAUAAUCCAUGAGGUCCCCUUUCUGAAUCGGGCACUGACCCUUGUGAUCUCAAGGUUGAACAGUUUGGUCUCGACGUUGAAACGUUGGGGAUAUGAAAACUCAUGGUGGAACGAGAGAACCGGUGUUGAUAGGAGAUGCAAUGAAGGGUACAUGGAUUUGGAAAACUUUCCUCCUAUAAUAUCAGAGUGUGAAUAUAAAGGGGCUCAUGACAUUGCAUUCCGAGGUCUCGUAAAAGGGUCAUACAAGGAAGCUUUGGAGAGAGGGAAAGAAGAUGACCCACAAGAAAAAAUGGAGAUAGGGAAGGUAGAUGAUAGAGGUGAUGAUUGUGAAGGCAAAGAAGAAAGAGAGAGUAAUCAUGAGAAUAAUAAAGAGUGUGAUGAUGAUGAUGAUGCUAUUGUGAAUUGUCAAGUUGGAGAAAGUGUGAAAGAUGCCCUUUUGGAAUUGUUUGAGUCUGCAUGGGUCAUGAAAGAUGAUGAUAGUUAAUUAACAAAAUUUAUCACAUAACAAUUAUGAUUACAAUCCAUCUAUAUUGGAUUGUUUCUUUCUGUAAACUAAUAUUUUCAUUUUUGUAUCUUACGAAGAUUGAUUAGAACUAUAGAAAUGUGUAGUUCCAGACUAUACAUAAAUUUCUACGUUAUUAGAACCAAAAAGAGGCACGUGGACAAUGAA